AUGUUGUUUUCGGCCGUGUUGUCAUUAUUGUUCCUGCAUACGGCUGUCGCGCAGCGCAAAGAUGCUGACUUGAUGUCCUUUGUGACUCUCCCCGAGGUCCGCGCAUUGAAAUGGGAAAUCACGUAUCAUGAUCGCGAACGGACAGCCCCGGGAUACUGGUUCGUCGCCCCCUACGGCCAGAUCUCCCCCGAACAGCCCACCCAGAAGUACCAGCAAUAUCAGGUCGGUCCGUAUAUCUACGAUGGCGAUGGCAAACUGGUUUGGGCCGGCUCCCUCCAGUACGACAACCGGAACGUAUUCGACUUCCGCCCCGUCACCAACAUCGACAACGAGACCUACCUGUCGUUUAUCUUGAACUGGGAGCUCGAUGGAGGAAGCAAGGGCAACGGCGUGCUGCUGGACAAACACUAUAAGGAGCAAACUAGGGUGCACCAACCGGAUGCGCUGCAUGACUUUAACAUGCACGAGUUCAACAUCUUGCCCGGCGGCAAGACCGCGGUGGCCUGCACCUACAACCCCCAGGUGAUCAACAUGGCCGAUUUUGGACGCCCCACAGAGGAAAGCUGGGUCGUGGUGGGUGGUUUCGUCGAGUUGGAUAUGCAGACCAGCGAGGUGCUGGCGCAGUGGGACAGCAGGGAUAGCGUGGCACUGCACGAGUCCAACAUGUUCCACGCGUGGGAUGCCCCGUGGGGUAAGCCGGGAUGGGAUUAUGUCCAUAUCAACGCGGUCGACAAGAACGAGGCCGGCGAUUAUAUUAUUUCGCUCCGAUUCACCAACACCGUCUAUGGUAUCUCAGGUGAGACGGGCCAGAUCAUGUGGCGCCUGGGUGGCCUGGAGAGUGAUUUCGAUAUGAACUUUACUUUCUCGAAGCAGCAUGAUGUGAAAUUCGUGUCUUCCAACGGCACCACCCAUGUGAUCUCGAUGCUGAACAACGCCUCAGAUGAGCGUGGUAAUGAUGAGAACAUGUCCUCCGCCUUGUACAUCGAACUGGACACCGCCACCAUGAAGGCUCGCGUUAUCAAGCGCAUCAACCGUCCCGACAGCAAUCUGACGCGUCUGCGUGGCAGCGUCCAGUCUCUCCCCAACGGCAACGUGUUCGCCGGCUGGAGUGAGCGGGGCUACCAGAGCGAGCACGCUCCUAACGGCGAUGUGCUGAUGACGGCCCGCUUCGUCUCGCAACGCUAUUCGACCUACCGCGCUUACAAGGGCGAAUUCAUUGGUCGUCCCGCAGCUCCUCCCGACGUCGUUGCCUCGGUCUAUGGUACCAACGACGACGAUACCACGACCAUCAUCCACGUCAGCUGGAACGGAGCCACCGACGUCGCUGGAUGGAACUUCUACGCAAAGGCCUACGACCGCGGCGGCGACGUGCUCAUUGGACACGCCAACAAGACUGAUUUCGAGACUAUGUACAUUGUGGACGGCUACAUGGACUGGAUUUCCGCUGAGGCCCUCGACGUCAACGGCAACACCAUGGGCAAGUCUCGUGUCCACCGCAGCGAUAUCCCGAGCAACUGGAAGGCCGUCGGAUUCCAGGGUUCCUCCAUCGGCCCGUCUCCGGACGACCCGUCCAUCAUCAACCAGGUCAACAAUGACGACGACGACGCUAAGACCACUGAAGCUAGCGACGACAAGGAAGUCAUCAACAACCACGACACCGACACAGCCAGUGCCGACCAUGACUCAAUGGGCGUGGACAUGGACAUGGGCUCCGACGACGACGACGAUGACACCCAACAAACAUACGCCGACGCAAAAGAAGUCGCCAAGGCCGUUUACAGAGCCUACGAGGUAAUCCGCGGCGUCGGCGGCCUCCUAAUCUUCAUUCUCGUCGCCUGCUCUGUCGGCGGUAUUCUCACCGGAAUGUACCGUCUAAUCCAAAACCGCAAGCGACGCUCCUACCAACACGUCCCCUCCGAAGAGGGGUUGCCCGUGGAAGAGAUCCACCUGCGUUCUCAAGCGCACGACUAG